GGCGCGUGCGUACGGCCGGACAGGCCCGCGGCGCUCACUUCCUGGCGUUGCCCCUUCCCCCUCCUCGCCGUUACCCUGUACAUCCGGGUCAUUUGCCCUCCCCGCUCGCAGGAGCCGUUGCCGCCGUUGCCGCCGUUGCCGCCGCUGCCUGGCUCGUCGCGGCUCCGCCACAGGGGCAGGUGCGGAGGGUUCCCGGUCCGGCCGCCGCCGCCGCCGCCGCCGCCGCUGCCCCCCUCCGGGCCCGGGGCUCCCUCUAGCGCUGCUGAGGAGCUGCCGCCGCGGCUCGAGGAGGGCGGAGGAACGGGGCUGAGAGAGAGCGCCUGGAGGCUCGCGGGGAGGGGGAAAGGGCGCCCGCAGUCCCCCACUACCAUAAAUUACACAGUCGAGUUUCCCCUAUUUGAGGAAAUCGCAGAGGUCAACACACCGGAGUGCAAUGGGUGAGCCUCGCCCUGGGAGAACCACCUUCUUGAUAAUGGUAUCUCCUCUGCCAGAUAGGAGGGACACGAACAGAAUCACCAGCACUGGCUGAAGCUUCCUUUCAAUAGGAGAGGUUCGUGACUCCUAGAGUCAGUGGAAGCCGGAAGUUUCGGGCUUGGGGGGUCGGGGCUACGGGCCCGACCCAUGGCGCCUAAGAAGAAGGGGCUGCGCGCCGGGCGCCAGGGGGCCGCGGCGGGAGAGGGCGCUGAGCCGCCGCUGUCGGAGCGCCGUCAGUACCUGCAUCGGCAGCACAAGGGGCGCUCUGAGGAACUGCAGGCCUGCAGGCAGCGCUUGGAACAAGUGAGGGCUGACAACCGUUUGGUUGACAGCGAGGCGGCGCGCCUGCGCGAAGGGAACCUGUUUUCCGUCACCUACCGGAGCAGGGGCGCGCAGCGCUGCGCCAACUCCGCCCAUAGGCGUGAUCGGGAGGGCGGCGUGGACCUGCCGCAGAUUUACAGGCAGCGCGCAGAGCUGACUUCAAUCUACCGCGCCCGUGAGGACGGGCUGCGCGCGCAGCUGGUGGACGUGCAGGCGCGCGCGGCGCAGUUGGAGCAGCAGGAGCAGAAGCUGCAGCUCGGCAUAGUCAGAGCUGCAGCGGCAGCAGCUGGCCCAGACCCGGGCUCUGCGGCGGGAUCUGCUGAAAAUGGGUGUGGAGGACAGGCAGCAACUCCACUGCGCGAGGCAGCGCUGGAGCGCCAGGCGCGCCAGCAGGAGGCGGUGGGCGCGCUCCGGGCGCGCAUCCAAGGCACAUCCAUCCGGGCGGACCGCGGGCCCCUGCGGCCGGAGUUGCCGCCGUCCCACCGGGCCCAGGCGCUGUGGAACCAGCCGCGCCAGCUGCCGGACCGCGGCGAGCGGAGGACACGCGGGGCCUGGCGUGCGUGCUCGGAGGCGCGUCUUUGGCCCGUUUGGGCCGAUACGAGCGAUCAGAUGCGGGCUCCAAGCUCCCGCCCUUGCGGGUGUCCCACCGCCCUGCCAGGCUCGUCCGCAGGUCUCAUAGCCCAUCACCACCGGCCCCAGUGGACAGCGACCAAGAUGAAGCCGCCUCGGGAGAGCCCGAACCUACCUCGAGGAAGGCUAGUGAGGCCAGAAGGUGGCGGGGAAAAAAGUCCACUUUCCCUGCUAAAUAAAGGCAUGACUCCUUCCUCCACUCUCCGCUCUGGCUGUGGGUUUUUCAUAAAUGCCCUUGAUUAAGUU